AUUUCCAAGUUUUGGAGGCAAUUAAAAAAUGAUGCGAUACAACUAUCAGUGUCAAAAGUAUUUUUCCAAAAGCAUGUCAAAGAAAAAUGUGCUGUUGUUUGCGAGAAACAGCCAAAUACAGCUUUGGAAAAUAGCUUUACGUAACGCUUCAGAACAAAACCAGAGGUAUCGAAAGAUCACAAAAACGCAAGGGAAAAAAACACAGUAAAAGCCUUUUCCGCAGAGGCCCCAUUUCAAAUAAUACAAACCCCAAAAUAAGGUUAUGCAAGUUAUUUUAAAAAUUGUCAUUCGCAAAACCGCCUUUUCAGCAAAAAGAACGUAAAAAUGUCAGAAAUCACAGUCGAAACAACUAACGAGCGUAAAGAGCAGGGGACGUGUAAAAGCCCGCACCGGAAAUGUCUUCAAAAUGUAAAAAAGGCGAUGAGUCACGUGACCCUUGAGCCGAUGCUCUUUUUGAAAAUGGUAGCCGAAGGAAAUGUCAUCGUGAUUGCCGAUACGCUCCAACUAGAUCGCGUAUGUCGAGUUAACCUUAAUUUUACCGAAAAAGACUGUUUGGCAAUGGACGAUGGAAAUCAUUCGGAGAUUCAGAAAGCAGUUCAAAUCUACCAAAAUAAUUUGCACUAUUAUCAAGGCUUAAUGGCCAGCAUCUUGCCUGUCCUGGUCAUUUUUUUGAUUGGAUCAAUCAGCGAUCGAUACGGUAGAAAACUACCUAUGGUGAUCGUGCUAAGCGGAUUCGUAGUCUACGCCAUGGUUUACCUUCUCGUCAUUCUUGAUCCAUCCUGGCCUGUGGAAAUUCUAUACAUUGCUUCGUUUGCGAUUAACAUAACAGGAAAUUGGGUCCUUUUCAACAUGGCAGUUUACAGCUAUUUAGCUGACAUCACGACGACGGAAAGGCGUACAAAACGAAUGGGAUGGAUGGACGCUGUAUGGUCGAUGGGCAAACCGCUGGGUACAUUACUCGGUGUAUGGUUGUACCAAAAUUACGGCUACAUAACCGUGUUCGCUGUCUCCGCCAUCCUGUGGUCAAUGUGCCUCAUUUUUACCGCAGCCGUCGUUAAAGAAAGCAUCGCAAAGCCGAGUGGAACGAUACAGCAGGAGAAAACCCUUCCAUUUAUAAUCGACUUGUACCAAACAGUUUUUAAACGUUACCCUCAUCGCGUUCGAGUUUAUUUGUUUCUACUUACAGCAAUCAAAUUGGGUGUUUAUCUUGCCCACGGACAUCAAGUUUACUUGUGGGCGCGUGUGGUGCUCGAAUGGGAUGUUGGCCAGUUUUCAACAUGGUCGGGAGCAAGUGACUUCCUCCAUCUAAUCGCAAUGGUUGUGUGGGUCGGAGUGGCGUCGUCUUACCACCUUUCGGAUUACACUGUCGCAAUCUUCGGAUUGGUAUCUAUCGCUCUCUGGAACAUAGUGUUAGCCAGCACUAUCGCGCCAUCUGUGUGGUGGCUGGUGAUAGUUGCAGCUUUUCUAGGUUCUCUUAAAACAAGCAUCGAACCAGCCCUGCGGUCUCUCAUAACAAGCGUACCAGACAAAUGCGAUGUUGGCAAAAUAUUGGCAUUUCUCGGACUUAUGGAAGCCAUUUGGCAGACGGUGGAUAAGUCGGUGUACACGCAUCUUUACAACGCUUUCAUUCACUCUUUCCCACAGAUCAAUUUUGUGGUGGAAGGCGCUAUUGCAUGCAUUUUGCUAAUGGGGCUGAUUAGAUUGAAACGAGAUUCCGAGAAGUGGAGCGAGAGCAAUGCGUUUUAACGUUGAGGUAAAGCAACAAGCAGAAAAAAAAAUUAAAGGAAAUUCUUGAAGGAAGUCGAUGAGUUUAGACGAAAAAAUAAAGAUUCUCUUGAAAACAGGAA